CGACCACAACAACAUUCGUCUAGGCGGAGGUGUUGUCUCGCGCCGCGGCGGGCCUGCCGAGCCGGAUCGAAGCGAACGUCCCACUCAGCCAACGUAACGCCGUUAGCAUAGCGACGGGAAAGCUAACAUAACGGUUUGCGGCUAACUAACUGCUGCCUAGUCGCAGUUCGUUUUCUCUACGUGUGUUCAACAUUUUUUUGGGUGAGGAGGGUACAUAUCGGGUAUCGAACGUUAUUCUGGUCGGCAUAUGUUCGUAUUACAGAGUGUGAGCGUAGUUUACGACAAACCUUCAGCUGGGUUUAAAUAGACGCUUGGGGAGAUAAGAGGAACCGUUGCCGUUAACUAAGUUCUAGCGUUGAACGGGGGGACCUGAAAGUUCCCGUGUUUGCAAUGCUAACUUAGCUCCUCGCCUCCCGUGGCCGUUACCGGGAGCUAACGUUCGUUUGGCGACAACGCGACACGUAACCAACUAACCUAAUGUACGUGCACGGAACCGGUGUCAAAUGAAACGCCUUUGGGACCGUUCAUAAGAAAGACGUUUGAUGGUCGAAGGUCCCUGAAGCCCGUGAAGUUGGUGUGGUGAUGCCCUGGAUGGUGCCAUGUGAAUGACUGACGACCAUGAAGCCAACUCACAAGCUGCUGUUCGUCCUGUGCCCCAUGCUGGUCCUCGGCUUUAUUUACUACUCCUCUGGGAAGCUACAUCUACACGUAUGGGGCCAGAAGCCUCAAAGUGAUGCAGAAGAGACAACUGUUGUCCUGACUAAAGGGUCUGAAGGGAAAAGAAUCACAGAGUUGGAAACGGACUUCCCCGUGAGACGAGUAGUAGGCUCAGUGUAUGAUCAGCAGGGCUUUCUGCUGCAGCUGGACACCAAACUGCCCCCGGAGUUGGUGUACAAGUAUGGCAACAUCAGCGAAGGAGCGUGCAAGCCGGGAUACGCAGCAGCCAAGAUGACCGCCAUCUAUCCUAAGUUCAUGAAACCAGCUCCCAUGUUUCUUGAUCGGAACUUUAAACGUCUAGCAAAACUCAGCAACUACUUACCUCCAUUUGGAUUCAAGACACAAGAGAGAGUCAUAGACAGCAUUUUGAGUGCAACAAAAAAGUACGGACUAGGAGAGGCGCUCGACAGUCUCAGCUGUAAAAGAUGCAUCAUUGUGGGCAACGGGGGAAUCCUGUUCAACAAGUCUCUGGGCUCCCGAAUAGAUGACUACGAUGUCAUAGUGAGGUUGAAUGAAGCUCCAGUAAAAGGGUACGGCAAAGACGUGGGUACCAAAACCACCAUUAGGAUCACCUAUCCAGAGGGAGCUAUCCAGAAGACCGACAACUAUGAAAAAGAUUCACUAUUUGUCUUUUCGGCCUUCAAACCACUGGAUUUGAAGUGGCUCAGACAGAUGGUCUUCAAGGAGAAACUGAGGGGUACGGAGGGGUUUUGGAAGUCGGUGGCUCGUUAUGUUCCUCGGGAGCCGACUGAGAUGAGAAUCCUCAAUCCCUACUUCAUCCAGGAGGCCGCCUUCCAGUUCAUAGGCCUGCCCUUCAACAAUGGCCUCAUGGGCAGAGGGAACAUUCCAACUUUAGGAACAGUUGCCAUAACAAUGGCGCUGCACAACUGUGACGAGGUGGCGGUGGCUGGUUUCGGCUACGACAUGAACACGCCCCAUGCUCCUCUACACUAUUACGAGGCGGUCAAGAUGUCUGCCAUCAAAGAUUCAUGGACACACAACAUUUCCAAGGAGAAGGAGUUCCUCCGCAAGCUGGUGAAGGCCAACAUCAUCACGGACCUGACCAACGGCAUCUGAGUUUACAGCCACGCACGCAGUCUCCCUCUUUCCCAAAGGACCACUGAACAGGAAACUGUGGAAACGGGUCGACUCCGGGUGGCCUGCACGCUGUCUGGGUUUUUCAUAUCAAAGGAGAUUAUUUAAAAAAAAUAAAUAAAAGUUAAAUACAGUCAUAGGAGGGUUUCUGUGGAGUGAUGCACACUUGUGCCUUCUGACCCGAACACUCCUGCCGAUGUUGAAGCAGGGAGCAGAGAGGGUGGACUGGAUCUGCCCGGGUUCCCGUCAUAUCGAGGGGCAGCCACACGUACCUUCUUCCCGCCCCCCUCUUCAACGUUUACCACGUCAACCCCGGGAGUAUCUCGCCACGGCGUAGCGGAGAGAAGUGAUUCGUUGACUCAACGACUCACCGGCUAACAGAGAGAAAAGGGUAUCCAUAUUAGCCGUGCCAAACGUACCUCGUACACGGGAGAGGCUGUCCUCCUCCUUUUGCUGCCUGAAUGUAUUCACUUUCGUCAGUGUAAAUAUCCAAUGUUUUUACUGUGCUUUUUACAGCAGCCAGCAGUGUGUCACCAGCCGCUGCAGCUGGUGACACACUGGUAAAAAGUUUGUGAUAUAUAGAUUUUUUUUUUUUUCUUUUCUUUUUUUCAGUUUUCUCUGUGACGCCUUUGUCUGUCAGGAAGUUGUAAUUAUAGAGGCGUAAAGCAGGUUCUUUUGGCUUCGCACAGACCGGAAGUGUCCCCAACAGCUCGAUGAAAACAUGAAGCUUUCCAAGAGGCUCGAUGCAGAAAAAACGCUUGAGGAGAACGUAUAUUUAUUAUUUUGGUCAUUUUAGGUGGACUAUUUAUUUCUUUUAGUCAUAAGUUGGAGUUUGAAAACUCAAUUUCUUUCUCCCUCCUCUCUGCGCAUCCAUUUCACGGCCUUCAUCGCUUCAUCGGACAAACGGUCACGUGUCCAGAUCCUGAGUCCCAACGUUUCCGAUCACAAUCAAUCUUUUUGUUGCAAAAGUGUUUUCUUUCUCUUGGUUUCACAGCUGUGUGUGUGUGUGUGUGUGUCCUUUAUGUUUGGCAUCAUCUUCAAAGUUACUGCCGGAUGAAGUGUUCCCAAAACCAAAUGACACAGAUGAAUUCAGUAUUAAACCUCAUUAGACUGCAGCACUACACGUGUGUGCUGUAUGCAUUUCUUUACAUUGAGAGAACCUACGAGGUGUUCUCACCGGGCCUUUGCACUUUGCAGAGGAAGAUUCUGCCACACUCGCAGAAAGCGCAACGUAGAAAACUUCAGUAUUAUUCAACGCCCCCAAAGAAAAAUGUAUGUAAACGAAUGAAUGCGAUGAUCAUCUUUAUGAAGUGACAGUGCAUUUUGAUACAGCUUUACCAUCGCAGUUUUUGUUUUGCAGUUUUUGUCCUAGUUCUGAAAUGCAUAUUUACUGUAGAUUGUCCACACAAGUUCACUUCCAAUACUCCCAAUCAGCUGGCUGCUGCUGUCGCAUCAGUUUCAUUGGGCCACAUGUUCCUGAUCUAGAUUACUUUCCUCCAACACGAUUGUGCAGAGCUGCGUCCCAUUCGGCCUCUUAGGAACGGCUUCAUGGAGUCUCAAGGGACCCAUCGUUUUUGUUUUGUAUUUUUCUUUAUAAACCAGGCCCCAUUUGGUACUUCUGUUGACAACAAAGGGCCAAGGGACAGCAGACCAUUGCACCGCCGUGAGGCGCUCGCAGUGCCUUACAUCACCGGAAAACCGUAGCGAGGAGUUUAACGUGAGGAAAUAACGGCAGCUGAUGACGAAUGUAGGCUCUGCUCCGGGUCAGAACAGCUCACAUCUCAUUUCUCUCAUGUGGGACCAGCGCAUUUCAUAUCUGAGCUCUAUAUAUAUUAUAUACAGCUUAAGAAGACUCAUGAUGGUGGUUGUGUGUUUUAGCCCAUAAACUACAUAAUCAAGCAAGUUUCCUUUUAUUCCAUGUUUUUCUUUGGCCAUGGUUGCCUCAUUUUUCUUGUGUUUUUCACCUUCUGCCUCAUCAAAUGAAAGUUCACUUUACUCGUCAUGAAUGGGACAAUGAAAACCGUUGUUUAUUGUUUUUAUUGUGUUUCUGCCGCUUCAGUCACUCGAGGGACAAUAAGUUAGGCUCCCUUCCUCUACAGCUACAAUUUUGAUUUAUUUUUUUUAAUCAGACUCUGGUGAGCCCCCGUUGCCUUUAUGGAAGUGAAAUGCCAAAUCACUGGAUCCCCUCUUUAAUCCUGGAACCUUGGUGCAUCCUUGAUUGCAAGGAGACUUCAAAACUGGUCCCUGCUGACUGCUGCGGGGCCACAUCUCUAUAAUACAUCAUUAUCUAUUGGAUAAAGGGUUGAUUUAUAGCGUUGCAAAAUCAUUUUCAAGCAUUGACUGCCUGGAAAUCAAUCAAAAGCCCCCUGGUAGGUUGUAGAAAAUGGUCCUUCAUUUGGCACAAAAUGUGUAGUGGGUGAGAUAAAACAUGCCAAACCACCAGUGUAGUCUUUAACGCUAAGCACACGCUCAGUUGGAGUUGAUUUUUCUGUUUAUUUUCGUUUUCUAGGUUAUGAAUAUGUAAGCAUGCUGGAGGAGUUCAAAGGGAUUGGACCCAAAUCGCUUGAUCUUCAUAACCUCUUUAUGUUUAAGCAGAAUGUAUUUGCUUUUGUCGUUCAUAUUUAUCUGCUUUUUUUUUUUUUUUUACUUUACAUUCCAUCAUCAAAGAAAGUUAUUGUGACCAAAAGUGUUACUGUUUUCUAUACAGUUAUGAAUGGCUUUCUGUAACUCAAUAAAUAAGUUUGUAAUGGAUA